AUCAUUCGAUCGCUUUUCAGAAAUGAAAACCGUUCUUCUUCUCACAGUCGCCUCGCUGGCCGCCGUCCUCGGUGCAAAGCCAACACCCACCGAAGAGGUCAAGUCAGAGGCCGCUGCUGGUCGCUACGGCGGUCGUCCAUCGUAUGGAGGAGGAGGUUAUGGAAAUGGAGGAGGAUAUGGAUACCCAGCAUUCGGACCAGGAUACUGGCAGCCACUUAUUCAAGAUCGCUUCGUAUGCGACCUCGACGCCUCCGUGCUCCUCGUCGUCGACUCUGUCCGCCGCCAUCAUCGCCACCCACAGCCAUACUACGGUGGAGCCCCAUCCGUCCCAGCUAAUCGUGCCGUUCGUGUAAAGUGCUCCGAAGUUGCUACCCAUGAUGAAGAUUCCUGUAACUUCUGCUGCCAACAGACCGCCCGUCGUGACACUUCCCUUCCCAACGAUCAACUCUUCGGAUUCUUGGCUAUUACCAAGGAUGAUGAUGAUGAGACAUUCAAGAGAUCCAAGAGAGGAGCUGAUGAUGAUGAUGAUAAUGAUUCGGAUUCUGAUGAGAAGGACGGAAAACAUGGACGUGGAAGAUUCCAUAAGGUUGACUCUACCUACUUGUCAGAGGCCAACUGGGAGCCAAAGAAAUAUCAUAAGAAUGUCAAGUGCGUGUGCUGUGCUCCAAGAUCCUCUCCAGCUGCUCAGAACCCAUCCUACAACAACAAUGCUGCUCAAUCCCCACCAACUGGCUACAACAACAACGCCAACGCCUUCGUCCAGCCACAACCAGUAGCUGCUCAGUCCCCACCAAUGUCAGCCUCCCAGCCACUCGUUGACCUCUGGCAAUCCGAGAAUACUGCUCCAUCAACAUCAUGGGGAGCUGCUCCAGCUGCUCCAUCAACAUCAUGGGGAGCUGCUCCAGCUGCUCCACCAACCUGGGGAGGUGCUCCAACUGCUGCUCCAACUUGGGGAGCCGCCAAUGAUGCUCCACCAGCGGCCACGCCGGCUCCAGUUGCUGCUUCCAAUGCUUAUUAAUUCGAUUUUCUUACAAGUGACCUUUUUGUUUACAUUUUUCAAAUAUAAUUCGAUUUUGCACAACCCAAUAAAUAUCUUCUCCUGAAAU